AUGUCGGCCAAAGUCCAGGAACACAUCAAGCCCGAGUCCGAGCCUCGCGCCUCUUCUUCGAGCGGCACGUGGCCUUCCAAGGAUGACGACGGUGCUGUUGACAAGUCUGCUUCUGUUCACGGUCCCAGCUCGCUAGCCAAGAAGGAUCGAGUUAGUGCAGUUCGCGAUGCGGAUGCUUCGAGCGCGCACGAAGGCCAACAGGCAGGUGUGAGCCGUAUCGAGGCGCUCUACCGAGUCUUCCCUCGUAACCACCCUGUGGUCUGGUGUCUUUAUGCGAGUCUGGCUGCGGUGACCAUUUGCUUCUCCCUGGACCAGUCUACUACCGCCGCAUACCAGUUGUACGCUAGCAACACGCUCGGUAACCACGGCUCGCUGUUCGGCAUCAUCGCAACGGUCGAGUCCAUCAUCAACGCUGUAUCCAAGCCGUUCAUCGCCAAGAUCUGCGACAUUUUCUCGCGACAAACCGCGUAUUUCAUGAUCGCCAUCUUCUAUACGGUCGGAUUUGUUAUCUGUGCUGCAUCGCAGACUCCGGCCGCCUUCGCUGUUGGACGAAUCAUCACCGAGGUUGGCCAGGCAGGUUUCGAUCUGGUGACCGACAUUGUCGUUGCUGAUCUGAGUCCACUGCAAUGGCGAGGUGUGGCCACCGCCUUGACUUCGUUCCCCUUCAUCUUCCUCCCCUACUGCGGCAGCAACAUUCAGGCGCGUCUCGCGCCACCCGGUUACCCUGAAGGUUGGCGAUGGGGCUAUGGCAUGUUUGCCAUCAUGGCGCCUGUCUGCGUUACUCCCAUUAUUUUCGUGCUCACGUACUCGGAUCGCAAAGCACGCAAGGCCGGUGAGCUCUCCUUCGCUUCCAGCCGUAUCGAAACGCAGCGCGCACAGGAGCAAGGAACUCUGCAGGUGAAACGAGACCCGCUCAAGGCCCGAUUCGCCAAUCUGAUCCAGCUUUGCAGGGAGAUGGAUUUCAUUGGCCUGUUCCUUUUGGCAAUGUCAUUUGCUCUGAUCCUGGUGCCCUUCAGUAUCUACAAGACAGCGGACAAGCAGUGGCGCAACCCUUCGAUCAUUGCCAUGUUUAUCUGUGGCGGUAUCAUCCUGGGUAUGUUCAUUGCCUGGGAGGUGCUCUAUGCCAGCCAUCCGGUAAUGAACAAGCGAGUGUGGUACAAUCGCACUUUCCUGCUCGCCGUCACCAUCGACAUUUUCUACUUCAUGGGUGGCAACCUUCGAUCGGUCUACUACGGCACAUAUGUGAACAUGGGAACCAAUCUGUCCAACACCAAUUGGGGCUAUGUUGCCAGUGCUCUCCCGACGUCUGCACUGUCUCUGUUCGGACUUGUUGCUGGCCUGUACCUGCGUUUUUUCCACCGCUACAAGAUGCUCCAGAUCUUCGGUCUAGUGAUUCGAAUUGUCGCCAUGGGUCUGUAUCUGUACGGGCGAGACGGCAACCUCACCACCAUGGUGGUUGUAUGGGCGCAAAUCCUCAACUCGCUCGGCGGUGCUUGUUCGGUUGUGGGCACACGAGUGGCCUCGCAAGCGUCAGUGCCGCAUCAGGACCUCGCCUCGAUCAUUGCCCAGCUGGGCUUGUGGACGCGUCUUGGCGGUGCUAUCGGAUCCGCGAUUUCAGCAGGCAUCUGGACAGGCACGUUGGAUGAUAACCUGGCUCGAACGGAUCUGACGCCUGCCCAGCAAAAGUCGGUUUACGCUAAGCCCGGCAAUGCCAGGAACACAUUCAAGUGGGGAACACCUCUUCGCAACCAGAUCAUCAAUGCGGCGAGCAAGACGAUGAAGCCCAUCUUGAUCACUUCGCUGGCUCUCGCCUUCAUUCCUCUCUUUGCAGGUCUAGUUAUGCCAAACUACUACCUUGGCAAGACGCAGAACGCGGUGGAUGGCACCGACAACUCGGGCCGAGUCAUCGAGUCGGCGGAGGAUAACCCCAACGCCAAAAUCAACAAACAAAAGAGCAUCUUUGCUCGUUUCUUUUCGCGCAAGAAGUAG